AUGCAGAACCUGACUAAUGUUUCCAUUAACACCAAUUCUAACAAAAGACUUUCUGUGAUCAUCAAGGUGUGUGUGGUUGUUCCCUUGUUUUGUGUCUUCUUUUUCUGCAUUGUUGUUAUGCUGCACAUCUUUGCAUCGCACAGACAGUUCCUAGACACCUCCCGUUACAUCCUGUUUGCCUCCAUGCUCAUCAAUGAUACUCUGCAGGUCAUGUUCUCUGUGCUUCUCUUUCUCUUGGUUAUGGUUCAGGUUAAUUUUGCUCUUGGUCUGUGUUUCCCUCUGAUGUUCAUAUCUGCUGCCACUUUCCGGAACACUCCCUUCAUCCUGGCUACCAUGUCACUGGAGCGUUACGUUGCCAUCUUCUAUCCUCUACAGCGUCCAGCCAUCUGGUGCUCAGAUCAGAUCUGGGUCAUUAUUCUGGUUUUGUGGCUCCUCAGCUGUAUGUUUCCUAUUAUUGAGUCCUCUAUAGGGCAACGUGAUCCGGCUGUGUUUACUUUUUCUACCCCUGUACUUUGCCAACUUCCCGCUGUCAACUCAUCUCUAAAUCAGGCUUUGUUCAGAAUUGCUGUAGAUGUGCUCUCCUUUGCAGUAGUGGCCUUCAUCAUUAUCGUCACAUAUGUGAGAAUCCUCGUGGAAACUCGAAAGAUGAGACAGGACAAUGUGUCUGUGAGUAAAGCUACACACACUGUGCUGCUACAUGGCUUUCAGCUGCUGCUGUGCAUGUUGGCCUUCACUAGCCCGAUCACUGAAAUGCUCAUAGUGCUUCGUAAAGAAUGGCCACCAGAAGACAUAGUAUUUUUCAACUACUUCUGUUUCAUCCUAAUCCCACGUUUCCUUAGUCCACUCAUCUAUGGCUUUAGAGACCAGAGUCUCAGGAGCUAUAUUGGUAAAACAUUUCUUGCUCUUCCAACAAAGUUGAAUAAAUUGUCAGAGGUCAACUGA